AUGGAGACGGCCCCGGGGCAAAAAACCUACGACCUUGCGGAAACUUCAACCCAACGCGAUUUCUCUUUCUUUGGGCCUUAUAUUGGGUAUUCCGUCAGCCAACGCCGGAUCAUGUUCGCCGCCCACUUUCGAAGUGAUCCUCAGCAGACCCAUCUAGUUUUCUGCCCAGCCCAAAUCAAAGCUACAACUAUCAGUCAAGAUGAUCGAGUCGCACUUCAACUGGCCCUCGACUGGGCGAGAUCAGAAGUACCCUUGAAUGUCUGGAAUAUACUCGAUGUGGAUCGGGAACAGUGUUUUAUCGUCCUUGAUGAAUAUGGCAAGCCUGUCCAGACCUAG